UAGUAUUACAUAAAAUAAAAAAUAAAAUAUAUAUAUAUGCAAAAACCCAUUUUUAGUAAGAUUGUCACUUUAGGUGACUAUGCUGUGGGCAAAAGUAGUUUGAUACAAAGAUUCACCAAAAACGAUUUUACUGAUACUAGAACAUAAACUGUGGGUGCUGAAUUCUCUCCUAAAUAAAUAUUAAGAGAUGGAAGAUUAAUAGAAUUAUAGAUUUGGGAUACUGCAGGUCAAGAAGUUUACAGAAGCAUUGCUAAACUCUAUUACAAGGGUAUUUAAUUAUUCUUAUAAAUUAGAUGCUAAUUUUGCAAUUAUUGUUUAUGAUGUAACAAAACCUAAAUCUUUUGAAGUACUUAAAUUUUGGUUGGAAAAAUUAUUCGAAGAAGGAUUGAGUGAUAUUAGUAAUCUUGAUUUCAUAUUCAAUUUUAGCCAAGUUCAUUAUAGCGAAUAAAAUUGAUUUAGAAUCGCAGGUCCCUUUAGAGGAAGUUAAACAAUAUGCUAAUUCAUUUGAUCCAAAAAUACAAGUUUUUGAAACUAGUUGUAAACAAAAUAUUGGUGUUUUUGUAUUGAUUCGGUAUAAUUUUAGGAACUGUUCAAUCACAUUGCUGAUUUAGUGAAUGAGAAAGAAAAGUAAUAAUAACAAUAGAAAAGAGAAGAGAAGCCAGCAAUUAAAAUAGUAAGCUCUGAGAAUAGAAACGAUUCUGAAAAUUCUUGUUGUUGA